AUUCAAUCAAACAUUAAUCGACUCUUGCCUUGCUUUUUUUUUUCAGCAACAUGGGCCUUAUCAAAACGGGAAUUCAACUUGUCGGCGCUUAUGGUCUCCUCCGCGCUGGGUCCAAGGCUGCCAACGAAUACCAAGAAAAGAAGAAAUCCAGGGAGAAUAAAAACCAUCAUUGCAACUGUCACCAUCACGAGCAGUACCAACAACCUCAGUAUCAACAAGAAUACCAAGACACGCAACAUGGAUACAAUCAGGGAAAUACAAAACAGGGUCCCCAGGGUACGCCUCCCAUCUACAGCGAGGGGUACAGGCAAAUGAAGCAAUAUGAUCAACGCUAUUAUGCAUCGAAUGGACGGUAGCCUGGGAUUUGGAAUUUAUUUUGUCAUUUUACUCGAGAUUUCAUUGCUGUUUAGCGCGGUGUCUUAUCAUUCCUGAUAGAGCAUCAUUUACAUGGCGUUAGCUACUGCAUAACAUUAACAUU